CCGCCCACUCUUUUUCUCUGGUUAUGUGCAGCACUUAUUUUUUGCACAAUAGUUGCUGUAAAGACUCUGAGCGGGUACAAGAUGACAUCCCAUCAGCUCUAUUUGAGGUUAAUGGGUCUGGCUGUAUUGCUGACACUCUUUGCUCUUGGAGAUGUAUCCAGUGACAGCAGCUUGCACAAUAUCUUAAGGAAAAGAGACGUGGCAGGAGCAGGAACUCCCCCCUCAAAGUCCUCUGUUGCCGUCCCAUCUUCCAAGGCUCAAGAGUUCCUUGCAAAACUAAGCAGAACCAAGAGGAAUAUUUGGGAUCGCACUAGACCAGACGUACAGCAGUGGAUUAUGCAGUUUAUGUACAUGGGAUUUGAUGAGCAGAGGCUGGAGGCCGACCUGUCGUACUGGAUGGACCAAGCUCGCUCCACUGAUCAAGGGCGUCAGCACCACUACGAUGAAAACGCCCCCAUCGGCCCGCGUGACUCUAGUUCUUACAGACACGGAGCGAAUGUCAACUAUGACUACUAUUAACUGCAUCUGUUGGUUUUAAACCUGCAAAUAUAUCCAAAUACUCCACAGCUGCCAUGGCUUCUUUGUAUUGAUUGGUUACACCCACCAGUACUGAGUACAACCCACUCAACACUUUCUCACCAUCCUCACAUAGGCUAUUAGUUAGAGCAGCAGCGAUGUUCAAUGACAGCAAAAACACGUGUGCUAUUUACAUUUUUAUGAGUAAGGUUUUGAGGCAGCUGAUUUGUAUGAAAUACUGUUAAAAUCUGAUUUCUCUUAUUUUAUUAUUGUAAAUAAAGAUGUGGCUUCAUA